CCAAGCUGCCCCGCGCUCCCUUUCCGCGCAUGCGCCCCGCAGCCCGGGCUGUCGCUCCCUGGCUGGCGGCUGCGGCGAGUCCCGCCAUGGAGUCCUACGAUGUGAUCGCGAACCAGCCCGUGGUGAUAGAUAACGGCUCGGGUGUAAUCAAGGCAGGUUUUGCAGGUGACCAGAUACCGAAGUACUGUUUUCCAAACUAUGUGGGCAGACCAAAGCACGUUCGUGUCAUGGCUGGUGCUUUAGAAGGGGACAUUUUCAUUGGGCCAAAAGCAGAGGAGCACCGAGGUCUGCUCUCGAUCAGAUACCCCAUGGAACAUGGCAUAGUGAAGGACUGGAAUGACAUGGAGCGCAUCUGGCACUACGUGUAUUCGAAAGACCAGCUUCAGACUUUCUCAGAAGAGCAUCCUGUGCUCCUGACGGAGGCUCCCCUGAACCCACGGAAGAACCGAGAGCGAGCCGCUGAGGUUUUCUUUGAGACCUUCAACGUGCCAGCGCUUUUUAUCUCCAUGCAAGCGGUGCUCAGCCUUUACGCUACAGGGAGAACCACAGGGGUGGUGCUGGACUCCGGGGAUGGCGUUACCCAUGCGGUUCCUAUUUACGAAGGGUUUGCUAUGCCUCACUCCAUUAUGCGGAUCGAUAUCGCUGGCCGCGAUGUAUCCCGCUUCCUUCGCCUCUAUCUCCGGAAAGAAGGCUACGACUUCCACACGUCAUCAGAGUUCGAGAUCGUCAAAACCAUCAAAGAGCGUGCCUGUUACCUGUCAAUAAACCCACAGAAGGACGAGACGUUAGAGACCGAGAAAGCCCAGUACUACCUGCCAGAUGGAAGCACUAUUGAGAUCGGCCCUGCCCGUUUCCGAGCCCCCGAGUUACUGUUCCGGCCUGACCUGAUUGGAGAAGAGUGCGAGGGGCUGCACGAGGUGUUGGUGUUCGCAGUUCAGAAAUCGGACAUGGACCUGAGGCGAACGCUCUUCUCCAACAUUGUGCUGUCCGGGGGCUCCACACUCUUCAAAGGCUUUGGAGACCGACUCUUGAGCGAAGUGAAGAAACUAGCACCCAAGGACGUCAAAAUAAGGAUAUCUGCUCCUCAGGAGAGAUUAUAUUCCACGUGGAUCGGGGGCUCUAUUCUGGCCUCGUUGGACACCUUUAAGAAAAUGUGGGUUUCAAAGAAGGAAUACGAAGAAGAUGGAGCCCGUGCCAUCCACCGAAAAACCUUCUAACCCUGGGACCCGUCCUACACUCGCUUUUCUGAGUCAGAGUGUCUGUGAGGAGCUGUCUGUGUGUGUGUGUGUGCGUGCCGAGCAUGGCCCCGGAAUGUCAUGGAGCAAAGAGGAGAAGGAUUAGAUCACUACUUCUUCCUUUUUUUUUUUUUUUUAAUUUUAAACUGUAGGAGGAAAAAUAACCAGGCCCCAUUUCUCCGGUUGGUCCCAUUCCUUUUACCUUCACUCCUCUCGCGGCCACGUCUGUCACUAGAGAAAGGGAAUGGCUUAGAAGUAGAACAGCUGGACAGAAGGGAUCCGACCACUGUAGUCACGUAGCCUAAGACUCCAAACCUUGGCGUGUCCUUCCCCUCCGGCACUCCACAGCACUGUCUGCUUCGCCCUUCGUGGGUGCCCAGCAGUGAGUCUCUCUCGCUGGCCAGUUCAUCUUUUUUUUUUUUUCAUAUAUUUUUAUACAGAAAAAACACUUUGGGAGCAGUUACAACUCCCCCCCCCCCCCUUUUUUGUUUUGUUUUGUUUUUGUUUUUGGUGUGUCUGCGCACGUGUGUGUGUGUGUGUGUGUGUGAAACUCUUAGCCUGCUCCGUGGCUAUGGACCACGAUUGCACAGCUGGAGCAACUGCUGACAGGACUUAGUUUGUAUUGCAUGGUGUAGGUCACAACCGCCCCUCCGCCGCUCUGAUUGUACUAGAGGGUUAUGAUCUUAGGCUCUUGUUCGCUGACGUUCUUUCUCGUUGUGAAGCAGGUGCCCAGGGUGGGUACAAAGGCACUGGGGUGUUUGCUUUGAUUUUGUUUUGAGAGGUUUACAGGGCCGUGUGCUCUCUCACUCUGUAAGAGAGGAGGCUGCAUUUCCCCCUUUCUCCCACAGCAGGGUCAAGGAACCAUCCAUUUUCAGCCGGACAAAACCUCUUCCAUUUGAUCCGUCCUUGAGCGAAAAAGCACAUUGUAACUUUUGAAUUAUUUUAUUUAUUGAAAUGUUUAAUAUCUAAGUUACUAACAGAGCUGCUGGUUCCAGGGGCAGCGGCUGCCCCUCUCCUUCCAACACCCUUGUACUGAAUUUUCCAUUGUUUAAUGCGAACACUAAUGUUUACAGCACACAUGCUUAGCAUAGUAGCCAGCUAGCCAACCCCGCAACGCUCCUUGGUUAUUGUUAGCGAGUCAAGGUUCUCUAGGAAUGCACCAAAUGAGAGGACAAUAAACUCUUAGUACGCUGGCAUUAUCAGCAGGGGCCUGAGCACUAGUUCUUCAUUCCACGGUAGUGUAACGCUAGGCUAACCCUUCUGGAAUGACACUGCUAUCGCGGCUGUAAGGCCACGUACCUGCGCUGGGUGGGUGUGUCCUGUUGUGAGGGAGCAGCUGGUGCUUUUUACGUCUGUGUUUUGUUUUUUAAAUGAGGUUGCUGCUGAGAACCAAAUAUUUUGCCUGGUUUAGCCACUUAAGUAUUAGAGGAGAACUCAACAGAGUUGUGGAGUCAGGGUAGUAGCCUUAUCUCUAUAUAGAGCCAAGUCUAGGUCUUUGAAAAGAACAAGAUUGGAGUAGGAGGAAAACAGCCUGGGGAAACCCAGAGCUUUUCCUGCCUCCUAACAGAUUUGCACCUCUAGGGGCAUGGAGGGGGUGUGGAGCCUUCCAACCCUUUUUUUUUUUUUAAACCACCUGUUUUUAUUUUAGAUGCUACAUGGAUAGUUGGAGAUUCAAUCCCUGGAUUUAGAAUCUGCAGUUUGCUUUAUUUCUCCUAUAAAAGCCAGCUGCCUCCAUCAGACCUGCAAUGAUGCAAAUGCAGCCGUUGUGCUUAUCAUUCAAGGGAAAAAAGGGUUAAAGCCUGCUCGGUUCAAAGACAGUCUGGAGCGUGGUUUGGUUUUGGGGUUUUUUUAAGUAACAUGCCUGUGGUGAAUCCCUGCUUUGGGUCUUGAAAAGGAAGCUGUAAACACCAGUAAUUCCCACAUGUGCUAUUACAUCCUUUACUUCACCAGCUCCCCUUCCCCUGUGCGGCAUCAUGCCUGUGGUACUGACAGGCUGCAGGGUGACUGCUGGCUGGUACUGCCUGUGCACCACAGAAGGCGGUCCCCGCAGCUCGGCAAUGGAGUGAUCCUGUGUGUUGGGGGAGAGAGAAUUUUCUUCUUAGCCUGCCGAGGAAUAAAUUCCACGAGGAGGCUGCUCUCCGCUCAAUUCUACUGCUUGUGUCAGGGCGUUGUCUGUUUAGACCAGCAAGAACGUGAGUGGGACUCAGUCUCCCCUUCCACCCCCACUAAAAAGAGCAAGGCUGGCAGUGCCACCCAGGGCAAAACAUCAGCAGAUUUGACCCCCGUUUCAGAACCAUGAAGCUAGAAAGGGAGAGGUGCAAGCUAGGACCUUUCCCUGGCAGUAGCUCCUCCUACACUGAUUUAAUGUGAUAGAGUGCAGCUAGUGCCAUUAGUAGAGCGGGGCAGGGACCACCUGUUAAAAAUGCACAGAGGCCCACGAAGCCUGAGCCAGACCUUAAUGCAGCUGGGGAGUUGAAUCAAGUAAGAUCAGGGGCCUCUUGUCUCAACACGUGGUCCUCACUGGUGUAAACUGAUAAUGUCUUAAUAGACAGCCUGCCACUAUGCCUCAUUAACACCAAUUAGCACUUACUGUCCAGGCGUGAGAUGUCCAGGCCCCUGGCCUUAGCAAAAAUCUCCUGCUAGAAACACCUCAGUGGGGGGCAAGAUGCAAUUUCAUUUGGGCGUGAGACUUUGGUGACAUGACGAUUUCUAGGCUAGCAGCAGAUGGACUACAGAGAAUUUUCUAGGGAAGGUCUCACUCAGGUCAGGGGAUUUCGCAGUAGCAGGGGGACAGUGGGCAGUAGUCUAUACAAUGUUAGCAGCAGGUGUGUAGGCUGCAGCUCUGCGGUAGUUUGUUAUAAAAGCCUACAGCAGACAGCACAAAAGAGAGCGCUCUGCAAUGAGGGCCUAGUCUCCUAGGCAGCUGAUAAAGUCCUUCCCGUUUCCCGCCUCCACCAAGGUAAAAGUGACCUAGGUUCUAAUUGUUAGUAUGAUUAUCUUUUCCCAGCCUUGUAAGUCAGUUGCUUAUUGAUUCCCUUUCUGUAUCCCAUCUGUACACUCCACGCUCAAGCCUGCCUGCACCAGGUGGAAAUCAAUUUGUUCCUAAUUCACCUUUGAGCUGUACCAGUCUCCUUCCCUUGCAACUCGGGCUAACUCUCCUGCUGUGAGGCCCUUGGCUCUUGAAGGGCUAUGCACUCCCGAAAUCUGAUUUAAAGAGUUGCUUUGGAAUAGGCCAAGGAGCUGGAGGAGGGUCCCCCUCAGCUGAAAGCAGCUAGUGCCACCCAUGGAGCCCGCCCCCCUUGCCAAUCUACUGCCUCCCCAGAGAGCUAAACCUGAGUUUAAAAUCUUUGUAUAUCCUCGAACAUGAGCCUAAGAAAUUACUGUGUGUCUUUUCCAGACACACAAGGCAGAAAUAGGCUUAUAUAAUUCCCAGAGGUCUUAGCGCUUCAUGUUUUGAUCACCACCUCUAGCAAAUGUUACACCUCUAUUACAGCUUCAGUGGUUGGCAGUUGCUGGUGUGGAGAAAAGGGAAAUGAGAGGAUUUAGACACCAGACUUUAAUUUGCAUGUAGGCAAAUUCUACUUGGCCCCCAUCCAUUUGCUUGCAUGACUUGCAGCACAUUCGCUUUCUACAGUGGGAGCAGGUUCAGCCAGGCAGGCUGCACCCUGGCCCAGAACUAACUUACUCAAGCUGCAAAGCACCGGAAGGGGCCUGGCCUUGGCAAAAGCUGCCAGAUGUGGUUGUACAAAGCAAUGGGAUGCAACAGUCCACUUUGGGAGAGGGCAGUUUGGGAACAUACUUCCCUUCAGUGCCAUAUCUUCUGCAUAGUGCCAGCUUCCCACCUGGACAAGGCAGGGAGGUCAGCUACCCGGUUAGCAGUGCACGUUCGGUACUCAGCACUUCUCAAGCAGCAACACGUAUUAUAAAGGGUUAGCCACUACAGCUGGUGUUGCAAAGGCUCCACCGUUUUCCCUCCCCUCCCCUCCCCCAAAUUCCUUUCCCCUGCAAACAAAUCGGGGGAAACGGGGCUGCUAUUUAGCUUCCUACUAAUCCCAGUUCUAAGUAAGAACCUGUAGAAGCCCAUUGUUGAGGAACAGCUGCUAACACAAAGCCUGUUCCAUUGGAAAAUAAGCUGUACUGUAUUCCCAUUGUCGGACAGUAUCAGAUAGCAGGUGAUGCAUGGAAAAAGGGAAUGAUUCUGUGUUAAGGGCAGCUCACAAGACUGUUGCCUCUUCUCUUGCCUGACCCCAUGUUCCUCAGCCUGACUUGGAGCUGGCAGGAGCAGCAGCUCUGGGCAGUGUCCUGUUUGUGACCAGCCAAAGGCACCGUCUGCAAUCUAGCCUUUGUUCUAUCAGCCUGACGCUGUUCCUCGCACACCUCUCCCCACCAUGGUGCCUGCUGGCGCCCAACAUACCGAAAUAAAGUUGUUCAGAUACAAA